AUGGCCUGCGCACUUUUUGACGCACUUAUUAUCGGGGCAGGCCCAGCCGGCCUCUCAACAGCCACCGGUCUCGCACGCCAACUCCACACCGCUGUGGUCUUCAAUUCGGGUACUUUUAGAAACGCAAAAGCCAAGCACAUGCACAAUGUAGUUGGCUGGGACCAUCGCAAUUCAGCAGACUUCCGAGAUGCGGGUCGCAGAGACUUGCUCGCCCGGUACUCGACUAUCCAAUUUGAGGAUGUUGGUAUAAACACCGUUAAAAAAAUAUCCACGGGGAAUUUCGAAGCUAUUGAUGCGAAUGGGGAAAUAUGGCAGGGACGAAAACUCGUCUUGGCUACAGGUGUGAGGGACGUUUAUCCUGAUAUUGACGGGUAUGAGGAAUGUUGGGCGGAUGGAAUUUUUCACUGCUUGUUUUGUGAUGGAUACGAAGAAAAGGGCGCACAGUCAGCAGGUGUUUUAGCGACAGAUCUUCUGCAGGAUACUCAGCGAGCAAUACAUGUUGCUCGCAUGGCUAGGCGCUUAGCUCAAAGUGUGACAAUCUACACCAACGGUGACAAGGACAGAGCGUCGGCUCUUCAAAGCGUUGUCAAUAACGACGCUUAUACAAUUGACUCUCGUCCUUUCGCAAGGCUGGAGAAAGGCCCCCCAGGAGGACUUGUGAAAAUUCAUUUUCAAGACGGUAGCUCUGCAGAAGAAGGGUUUAUGGCUCAUGGACCCAAGUACGUCCUGAACGGACCAUUCGUACAGCAACUUGGUCUCGAGACGAUUGAAAGCGGGGAGAUUAAAGUCUCUCAACCGUUCAAUGAGGCCUCGGUUCCCGGGGUUUUUGCUGCAGGAGACUGCGCUAUAUUCAUGAAAUCCGUUACUCCGGUGAUAGCCAUGGGAACAGCAGUAGCAGCUGGUGUUGCGUUUCAAAUACAGGCUGAUAUGGAGAAGACCGAGUAA